AUGAAUGUCGGAGUGUAUGCCAUUGGAACAAGGGUUGCUCCCAUCGUGGCCACCACAGUAGCAAUUGCAACACUUCUUACAUGUGUGUUACUUGCUAAAUCCAAGAAUAUCUAUCUCGGUGGACUAGCAUGGCCUUAUUUCUCAGACGUAGGCAGAGAUUCUCCAGGUUACAUUGUGUUCUGUGUAGGGCUUUCGAUCGUGACAGUCGCUCUUAUCGUAACGUGGAUUGUCAAUCACAAAUUUCAAGUUGAAUUUAUUGAGAUGGAAAGUCAAGGGAACGUAGAGAAAGUAUACGGCAGAUUUACUCGGAAGCAUUGUCAAGCUGUGCGAUUAUUUGGCGUGUUAUCUGCUUUUGGACUACCGGUGCUUGCAUUUUUUAGCACGACAAGUUACCCAAAAAUUCACAAGUAUGCGGCUUACUGGUUCUUUGCAUUAGAGGCUAUCGCGUUAGUAGUUAAUACAUAUGUGAGCUAUAAGCUCGCCCAUAUGACUAACAGAGGGAAAUCGUACUCUACGUCCGAGUCGGAUGAACAGUCACUGUCAACAAACUUGUUUAAUUCAUUUGAGUGGUCGACAUUAGGCACCAAGCGCACAUUCUGCAUCCAAAUCUUUUGCACGGUGAUAUUCUUGAUCGGAUUUCUUCUCUAUAUUCCGGUCGGUCUGGCACUGAUUGACAAAUUUCAGCGGCUCAGCAUCGAUGAUUGCUUGAAUCUUGAUCUAGGUGAUAGAUACUGCACUGACACUAUGAAGCUCAACGAUGAGGAAACCGUCUUAUGGAACUAUGUCAUGCUUUGUAGUAUUGACUUUGUGUUUGGUCUGCCAAAGGACUCGGCAGACAACACGGGUGUGGUGGUCUUUGUCGACCGUUCGAGCAAAAUGGCUCAUCUUGCGGCAGUGCCGGACACCAUCAACGGUGUGGUUACAGAGACGACGUUUGUGGAUCGUGUCUUUCGGCAUCAUGGCAUCCCGGAGUCGAUUGUCGCUCUCAUAGACUCACGCUUCACUGGUAGAUUUGGUUGGCGAUCUUAA